AUGCUCCAAAACGUCGCACAAAAUUUGGUUCAAAGAGCCACUUUGGAAAAGAAAGAAAGAUGUUAUCCUGCUGUGUGCAGGCAUUUUGAACUUACAAAAUAUGCGGAUUUUAUUCAACAACCCAAUAACUUGGCUAUAUUACAUGACAAGUCGAUGACUUGGCCAAGCAUAAAACUGACUGAAGUGAAAGAGCAAAAUAUCUGCCCAGGAAGCGCGACAUUUACGCACACCCGAGCAGAUGCAAUGACAUGGAAUGAUUUGUGUGAGUAUAAUUGUUACACUUUUAUUAUGGCAGGUCUUCUUCAACGACAACUCAAUCGAUAG